AUGUCCAGCAGAGAUGAGCGUCCGGCUGCCGUCGGAAUAGACCUUGGAACGACGUACUCCUGUGUGGGAGUGUGGCAGCGAAAUAAAGUUGAAAUCAUCGCUAACGAACAAGGGAACAGGACGACUCCCUCCUACGUGUCCUUCACUAAAACAGAGCGCCUUAUUGGAGAGGCUGCCAAGGCCAACCUCGUUAGGACCCCCAGCAACACCGUCUUCGAUGCUAAGCGGCUCAUCGGCAGGAAGUUCAGCGACGAGACCGUGCAAAGCGACAUUAGGCUUUGGCCGUUCAAGGUGAUCGCAGGGUCAGGUGACAGGCCGGUGAUCGUCGUCGAGUACAAGGGUGAGGAGAAGCGUUUCGUUGCAGAGGAGAUCUCGUCAAUGGUUCUCAACAAAAUGCGUGAGAUUGUAGAGGCCUAUCUUGGCACCAAGGUUGUUAAUGCCGUGGUUACGGUCCCUGCCUACUUCAAUGACUCUCAGCGUCAGGCCACCAAGGAUGCUGGCACCAUUGCUGGCCUGAACGUUAUGCGCAUCAUCAACGAGCCCACAGCUGCCGCCAUCGCCUAUGGCUUUGAUAAGAACGUUGGGAGCAGAGGCAAGAAAAACAUUCUCGUUUUCGAUCUUGGUGGUGGCACCUUUGAUGUAUCAAUUCUCACUAUGGAAAAGGGAACCUUUGAGGUCAAGGCCACCGGAGGGGACACUCAUCUUGGAGGCGAGGACUUCGACAACCGAAUGGUGGACUACUUUGUUGAGCAAAUCAAAAGAAAGCACAAGAAGGAUAUUAGUACCAACCAUAAGGCGCUAAGGUCUCUGAGGCUGCACUGUGAGAAAGCCAAGCGUGUUCUCUCUGCCAACAAUGUUUACGAGGCUGUUAUAGAGGUCGAUGCACUCUAUGAAGGAACUGACUUUGCGUCCUCCAUAUCCCGUGCAUGCUUCGAGGAUCUCAACAUGGACCUGUUUAGGAAGUGCCUGAUGCCUGUAGAGGACUGCCUGAAAACUGCCAAGAUGAACAAGAGUUCCAUUGAUGAGAUCGUCCUGGUUGGUGGGUCGACUAGAAUACCUAAGGUCCAGCAAUUGUUGCAGGAAUUCUUUAACAACAAGGAGCUGAGCAGGGACAUAAACCCUGACGAGGCUGUUGCCUACGGUGCUGCACUCCAAGCGGCCAAGUUGAAUGGAGAGGGUACCCGAGAGCUGACAGCCAUUACUGUCGUGGACGCCACUCCUCUUUCCCUUGGUAUUAAUAUCAAAGGCGAUAUCAUGAGCAUUAUCGUCCCAAGAGGCACCCCCAUUCCAGCCAAGGAAGAGAAGGUAUUCACUACGUCUCGUGAUGACCAGACAACUGUGACGAUCGAGGUCUAUGAGGGUGAGAGAACAAGGACAUGCGACAACAACCUGCUCGGAGAAUUCGAGCUGUCUGGCAUCCCUCCAGCUCCUCGUGGAGUUCCCAAGAUCAAUGUGUGCUUUGAAAUUGACGUAGAUAGCAUAUUAAAUGUCUCCGCAGAGGAUGAUUGUGCGGGACAAAGCAAUGGUAUCACCAUUACAAAUGAGAAGGGGCGGCUGAGUGAAAGGGAGAUCCGAAAGAUGGUGCGGGAUGCAGAGUGGUACAGGUCAGAGGAUGAAAGGUACAGGAAGAAGAUCGAAGCAAGAAACACAUUGGAGAACUAUGCCUAUAGGAUGAGGAACACCAUGAGGAAUGAGAGAGCUGACACAAACCUCUCCUAUGCAGAAGUAAGAAACAUUGAGGACAUGAUCCAACAUGUCUUAUCAUGGUUGUUAGAUCACGAGGAAGCCGAGGCUAACGAAUUUGAAGAAAAGAUGAACGAGCUUAGGAGUGUGUGCAGACGAAUCACCUAG